AUGGAGGAGCAGUUCCGCGUUUUACUGGGCGCGUGCGUGGCUGUCAGCACCGCUGCGGCAGCUUCCGCAUGCGACCAAGACUACUGGGAUUCACUAUGCGGCGAUUCCGCGCCGGACGACGCCCUCUCAUUGGUUGAAGAUCUGGCUCUGUUGCUCGCUAGCACCAACGUUUCUGCCAAUAAGCUACUCAGCCUACUCCGGGUGCUGCUAGUGCAUCCAUCGCUGCACUGCGCAGGGCUCGUGCGAUUGGCUCAAAUGACGUUAAAGGGCUUCAAGUUGGCCAAGCGCUGGGAUGCACUCAACGCCGUAUCGACGCAACUAUUAGACGCUAUUUACGCCAAAAUCCUGCACAAAGACACACGAGAACGUGCUCUACGGCUCUACAUCGAAGUCCUCGUGGGUUUCCAGCAUUCCGCCGAGCUGUACGAGAAAAAUGUGACGAAAAUUGUCAAAUUGGCCGAAUUAUUCAGUGAAGAAAGUGAAGAAAGCAAGGAAUUGGUGCGUCCGCUGCUGGUAGCGUGUGCUGCAUUGGAGCAUUGUCAUCGCGGCUACGAAGCUGAAGCCAUGACGCUUCGACGAGCGAUGAGAGCGAGUUUUGGGUCCCAUGUGGACCGCCCCACUGCUGCUGAAGCCGAAAGACUACUGAGAAGCAGCGCGUGGGUGCUGUCAGCGGAUGAAUUGGGCGCCAUGCUGCCUUCUAUUGAGGGAAAAUGGGUCGUGGACGAGUUUGUCAGUGAUCAACAUGGCAAUGGGGGGCCUCAGAAUGCAGGUUCAGUGCUCUUGAAGACAACGAAUAACUGCUUUGCUCACGAAGUUAAGGCGACGAUGGUGGAUGGGAAACUGCAGCAGAAAUUGGAAUUGACGGGGUAUUUAUUCCAGCAGAUGCCGGAGAUGCAGGUGUUAAUGGCUCAUCCAGAGGCCAUGGAAAAGUCGACGUGGGAACUGGAAGGACAUUGGAGACAGCUGCAUGAGGAGACUGGAACCGCUAGUUCGAUUGCGCCAAUGGCUCCGAUCUCAGCGCCUACGUGGGACUGUCGGGCGUGCACCAUGAACAACGAAGGCAGCGCGACCAAGUGCACGACGUGUGGGACAGAGCGUCCAGCGGAUGUGAAUGUACCGACUGUACCUAACAGCAUCAAGGGUAGCAACCCUGCUCCGUUUUCGGCGGUGUUUAGCUCGGAUCUGUCAUUUAUGCGCAUGAAAUGGUCACGUGGAGAGCAGCAAGGAGUGUGGCUGGCGCGUAAACAGAUUGUUGAGAGGAGCUUUGACCUCGCGACGUCACUUGCCGCGGCGAAUGAUACGAUGAUGGACUCUACCAAUCUCCCGGGUUAUGUGUAUUCUCCUCAAGGGCAACCGGCGAGUGUUUUAGUACUGGAAAGAGCCGUGCUGUCGACUUCGGACCAUACAGAGUUUACUGUACAAGUUUGGAUUCGUCCGGAGUCUUCCCCGUCUGGAAAUGAGGCUCAGAUUGUACUAGCAAAUGGCCACAACUUUGAGCUUUCGUUGGCUAGCGAUGGACACUUAGUGUGGCAGAUUGCAGGGGGGCGGUAUUCUUUGACUUCUCGUGAGCCUGUAGAAUUUGGCGUUUUCUGUCACGUGACACUGUCAUUUGGUCAAGACAAAGUGAUACUAUCAAUUGAUGGCUCGAUAGCAGGUGAAAUGGAGCGAUUGGAUGAAGCAGGGCCGUCUGCCCCGGGUGCGUCGUUGUUGACUAUUGGUGGCAGCUUUGAAAGCUGCGAUCCCAACGAAAAAGGAAAAGGUCCAGGCUGUUUUUAUGGACAAAUGCUAGAUCUGCGCAUUUGGUCGACGCUGCUGUCGAAACUGGAUGAGAACUGGAGUAUAUCGACCGCUUUAACGGGUCAUGAAGGGCACCUUGUGGGAUACUACCCGCUAGCUGGUCAUUCGGAGAGAUUGUUGAUGGAUCUAUCGAAGCAGCAAAACCACGCUUGCGUCUUUGAAGGAUACCAGGCUCCAGACUCGAUCCAUGACACAGCAAUCUCGUCGAUUAGUAGCUUUGUCCCCGCUACCCCAGCAGAGAUUAUCCCGGUGAAGAACGCGUUUGCUGUCUCACUUGGAAGUAAGUUCUUCGGCAGUGGAAAGUUUUCUCUGUCUGACGAUGGAGUAAGUGGACUACAAGUGGACAGCGAGGGCGCAUUGUGGCGUCAAAAUACUGUCUCGAUUGCGAGUGGAUUUCAAUCCACGCUGUCUAUUGCGCCUUCGGUUACGACUGAAGCACAAUCUUCACAUAAAACUGUGGUGUUCGCGAUGUGUGAAGCUUCUUUCUGGGACCUUGUCCCUUUGUUGUCAGAAGCAGCGAAAAUAUCAAAUGUGACAAGUGACGAUGUCGUGGAUCCAUCGCUACGACACUUCGACGGGUCUGCAAUGCUGAUCAAAGUAAGCUCGGAUGUUGUGGCUCCGGGGGUUUUGAUGUACGAGCUGGGACUGUACAUUUGGUCGAAGAAGCAAGGAAACCCACUAUCGUGUUUCUACGAACUACCUGGACGUGUUCUAUCCGUUGCUAUUGGUGGUGUUGGCGUGGUGUUCGAGGUUGCUGUAGAUCUGGAACUUGCGCUUCGUAUGGAGUCUGGUAAUGCUGUGCGUACUGGUUUAAUUUUCCCGGCAGGCAAAGAUCUCGCCACUCAGCAGACUGCAACUAAGCUACUGAAGUGGACGUUUGAAUCGUACACCGAUAAUCCACCUAAGGAAGCGUCACAGUCUGUUCUCGGGAACGUUUAUGUUGCUCUACAGCCAGAAGGAUCAGGAGAAGAUAGCGGAAAGAGCAGCGAGGGCGAGACUAUAACGUGCACCCGAGUGAGCACUGACGGUAGUGCUAUUGCCCAGGAGGCGUACAGCUGUCAGACGUGUAGUUUGGUUCAUGGCAAUAGCAUCUGUCGGACGUGUGCUGUGAUCUGCCAUGAAGGCCACGAACUGGUUGUGUUGGGCGUGACCACGACAGCCUGUGCCUGCCACGUUCGAGGGAAUGGACUGUGUCACUGUAAUGCUCCUGUCCAAGUCUCUGAGUAUCCGUCGCUCAGUCAACCUGUGAAUGCAGCACUAUGGGGCUGCAACAAGUGCACGGUGAUCAAUAGCAUCGACCUCAAGACAUGCAAUGUUUGUGGUAACAACGCACCUGAAAUCCACACUGGCACUGGAUCUGCAGCACCAGAGUCCACUAGCACAGCUUUAGCGCUGGUUGAACAGCCACAACCUGCUGUGGAUUGGUCCUGUGAAGCUUGCACGAUGCUCAAUAACGCGACGGCCACGAAAUGCUCCAUUUGUGACACCCCACGAGCGAAACCUGCAGAGCCCGAAGUCGUCGGAGCGAGCCAAGAGACGAAGACCGACGAUGGACUCACCACACUCUACUACGCCGCUGAGAAUGCUGUGAAACAGGAUCAUCCCAUGGCUAUUCAGCCUACUGGUCCUUGGACUUGCGGAGCGUGCACGAUGGAAAACCAACCAGCAGAUACGACGUGCCACAUGUGCGGGACGUCUCGAGAAGUUCCAGUUGCCGCUACUGUUACAUCGUCCGAAGUGGUGAUGACUCUACCUGCAUCAACGAGUGACGCUACGCCUGCGUCGUCUCCGAUGAGUAUGGACAUGGACGGAAGUGACCAACCUGUCACGUCUGAGCCUGUCAACCUGCAUGAUUCAAAGCUGAAGAACAUCAAGUAUCUGGACGAAUACAAACGCACAGCCGCUUCAGCUUUCAGCCACUUGGUGGAGAUUCAAAGCAUGAACGACUCGGUGUGGGAAACGACUGGAGGGAAGAUGCAUUUCACGCUGGACAAGAGUUUUGUAGGCGAGUACGUGCGCGGAACUUACGUGGAGAAAGACGGUAAGCUGAGUGGACUCGCUCGUCUAACAGAGGACGGAGCCUGGAAGCUUGAUGGACGGUUUAAGAAAGCCACUCAGUCACAGUCGAAUGCCUGCACGCUGUACUGGGACAAGACAGCCUCUCGUUUUGACGGGAAGUGGUAUCGCGGCGAUGGAUCAGGCGACUGGAAGUGUCUAGCGUCACCGUACGCGUCGGAUUAUUGUGGGUUGGCACCUGUCGACCCCGUGAAGAAACCGAACGAGCUGCAGCCGUACUACUCUGGCAUGGUUAAUAUGAAGCAGAACCUCACGAACGUCUGCUACCAGAACAGCUUCCUUCAAACGCUGUACAUGACUCAAGACUUUCGACGACUGAUCUUGUCAUGUGAUGCCAGCAACUACUUCGCACCGUUUGCAGAUAACGGGACAACGAGCGGUGGGAAUGUUGUGGCAACUAUCCAAGACUUGUUCGCUCAAAUGACCGCUUCUCAGCGUCCGUAUCUGGCUACUCAUGCGCUUCAGCGCUGUCUACCUACCGAGUUCAAGAAUGGACGACAACAGGACACGUCGGACUUUGCUCAUUUCCUCAUUGACUCGCUCAGCCAGCAAUUAAGUCAACAUGAAGACACUACAGACGACAUUCCAUCGAUUUUUGGCGGCCAUCAAGCGACGAUUCUGGCGUGUAAAACGUGUGGCAACAAGUCGGUGAACCGCGAGUAUUUCUGGGAGUUGCUACUGAACAUGAUCGACCUUCGUUACACACCGAUCACCAGCAUUACCGCAGUGAGUGGAUCGUCCAUGGACAUCAAAACUCCUGACAGAUACGAGCGUCUUGAUGCCGAUUUGAACAAGGAUCGAACCGGAGCUCCGUACGUGUAUUUGUGCGUGAAGAGAUGCCCAGAGCGAGCGACUAGUGAUACCGCGAUGGAAGAUGACAGCGAACGGGUCAUGCCAGUCACGGAACUGGUCGUAAAGGUGGCGCUAACUACCGAUCCGAAGCCAUCGAUGCCGGGUUUUGAGCGUGUGGAACUUGAUCUCAAUGUCGGCGGGGGUGCUACUGCAGGAGCGAAGAAACAAGUGUACUUGUUCUUCCGUCGUGAGCCGAAUGGUUCCCCCAUCACUGAUCUGCAAGUAAUCUAUGGCAACGAGUCCGUUCCUGAUGGCUUCAAGCAAAUCCAAGUGGACAUUAACCAGGGAGAUGGAUCCAAGGUUUAUCUAUGCUAUCGCUGCGAUAUGCCGAUCACGGAUCUGAAAAUCGUUAACAGUGGGAUCCCUGGGUACCGAAUGGUGGACCACUUGCUCAAUGUAAGUCACGAAGACGCGGUGAAGCAGUAUUUGGCGCUCAAAGUAGGCGGGAACGAACCGUGUCUGACGGAUCUGAAGCUUGUCGAAGGCACCGACGUGUCUACUUUCGAAGAGCAGGGAUGGCAGUCCAUUGGAAGCCCAUUUUCUUCUGCUCCUGUUGCUCAGCCUACUGAGUCGCUUACACCGCCUCAACUUAUGGUCCGUCGUGGUCACGGCAACCCUAUUUUCGCUGUUGACGUCUUCCGUGCACCUCGUCAAGUGCCCAAGUACAACGACUACGAAGGUGACUGGAUGGGAAGUGAAGAAACAGAUCGUGGACGUAAGGCAGUGCGUAUGCGCUCAGUAUCGGAACCAAUCACAGACGCGCUGCUUCUGAAGGGGUCGCUGGACGAUAAGGGGGAAUUGUCAUGUGUGGCAACGCGUGUGUCAAGCUGGUCGGACUCGAUUACAGCAGGAGCUGCGGAUUCGGUGGUCCCUGUAGACUCUUCUAGUGGAAGUACGAGUAUCAACGCUGCCCCCAAGGUUUAUCGUGUGUCGGGUUACUGGAAGAACGCAAAAGUACCAAGUGCACAGCUCUUUGAUGUGGAACUGCGACCUGCACCCAAUGGAGUUAGUGGCGCACCAGAUGCUGUCGAUAUGUCGUCGCAAGGAGAACCUACGAGGCUGUACACGAUUAAUGGAACCAUUGGUGAUGGUAGAGGGAAACCUAUUGCCAUCCAGGGCGUUCAGUCAUCAAGGAAAGUGAAAAUCAAAUGGCCGAUUUCGAGUAUUAUGGUGCUACGUGGUGACGAGCGUGUACCUGAAGGCGUACAGGUUGUUCGAGAGACGUGUUCGGGUCGAUCAGGUAGCCUAUUGGCGCAGACUACGUCGCCUCACACGCUGUAUCUGGCAGUAAAGAGGGAAGAAGCACCCGCCGACGACUACAUCACCGACGUUUGUGUCAUCUACGGCGAGAUUGAUGCUGUUCCGGAGCAUUACACUUGUCUGCAAACCACACCCGCCGGACACUCCGCUAACUUGAAUGACGGGACAACAGGCGUGCCUGUUUUUAUCUGCUACCGACGAGCUGGAAGUACUGAGAACGCGGCUGCCAAGAGCUUGAUGGAUCUCGCGUUGAUGUGGACUACAGGCGCUCAACCAGACACUCUUCCCACUGGGUUCACUAAGAUCCAGCACACGCCUCUCGGUAUGGACGCGAAUCUGAACCAAGGUACAAGUGGCGUGGCAAUUCAUCUUUGCUACUCGAAAUGUGAGGCGAAAGACAUUGUUAAGCCGUUGGACAACCCGCUGAACGGUGAAUUCGAGAUUACGAGCUCUCCGUUGCUAGCUUUCGGUCGCUUUUUCAGUCUCUCGGUCGUCGAAGAACUCGAAGAAGUUCGUACAGUGGAAGGAAACUUCGGCAUCGUGCUACACGCACAGCUCAUUGGGUCGAUGAGUGGAAUUCUGUACACUUCAAAGCAUCAGCAGACCGAGGACAAGAAGACCCGUACGAUCGUCGGUGCGUGGCGAGUUGAUAGUCCACUGGCUGACGGUGUGGGCGCAAGUAUGAACGACUUCUUGCCGUCUAGUUAUCCAUUCGAGUUGACACUCAACGAGACAGCCACCGAGAUGGAUGGAUGGUGGAGUGGAGCGGAAGGUGUGUCUGGAAACGUUUCGAAACCCACUGUAUCCGUCGUUACGCCAUCAAGUGGCGCGGCUACCAGUACAGCGCCGUCUGGCUCGACUUCUGUUAUCGGCGGCAAGUGGAAACUCGUCAAGGAUUCGUACGUGCAUGUGGCGUUCAAGAAGGACUACAGCACGGAAUGGAAGGCUGGCCAGCUUGUGUUCUCUGAGCGUGUGUGGAGACAUGACAUUGAGUCCAUGUUGUCGCGUUUCGUAGCUACUCGCACGUUGGGAGGCGACAAUGCGCUCUCCUGUAGUGUGUGCCAGAAGAAGACAGAGUCACGGACGCAUACGGUGAUCUUUGAGCCGCCGGAGCAUCUAAUCAUUACGCUGAAGCGGAUGUACUACGAUUGGACUCAACAAAAGGCGUGCAAGUGCUUACACGACGUUCGUUUUCCGGCGUUGUUGACACUGCCGUCUUUGACGGAGGAAGAAGAACUCGCUGUGUAUGACCCGAAGAGCAGCGACUCAACUCGCGAGAAACAACAGAACCAGUCGCGCCACUACGGCUUGUACGGUGUACUUGUGCACUCUGGUCUCACAGCCAACUCCGGCCACUACUUCAGUUUCUGUCGCGAGAGUGACGAGAGUACACGGCAACUGCAUCUGGAAGACUCGACGUUGUCCCCGUGGAUCAAAUUCAACGACACAAAGGUCGAGCGUUCCAACUGGAAGGAGAUCAACCGACUUGUGUCCAAUACUGUAUCCGACACGGUUUAUCUGUUGCUGUACAAGAAGCUCUCGUACGAGCCAGCACCUAGUUCAGAGGUGGACCAAGACGUAAGCUCCGACGACGAAGAAGCCAUGCUGUUGGCGAAGGCGAUGGCGUUGUCCAUGUCGGCAGCGAAGCACCAACAUCGACAGAACGAGGAAGAAACCAAGAGCGAGGAAGACACUUCUUUGCUAUCGACCAGUAUGGUGGUCAAGACACUUUUGAAGAAGGUGGAGGCAGAAAACACGACCUUCCUGCGUGACUCGGUGGCGGCUACUUCCAGUACGCUGCAUGCCGACGAUAUACACACGCUGUUAGUACUGCGCCACUCGCUACCUUUACAUCUGCGUGCGGUGUUAGACGAGAUCUGCUAA